UUGAAUGACGGUACCGCGUUCGGUCCAAGCCGUCAAAACGUUGCCGUGGCUCCUGUUUUUCGGGACAGAAAAGGGGAGGAUGUUGGUCGAGGCUUUUUUCACAGCAUUCCUCAUUUCUCCGCAGCUAAUGUAGCUCGAUGCUAAUCGACGCCGACGGAUUUGUUGCCGAACAUUUGCUGCGCGUGUUCCCCAACCAAACCGCUCGUAGACUUGAGGCGUUGUCUCCACAUCACAGCGGUGACUAAGAAAGUUGGUGUGCACGAGGCCUUUGGAAUUACCAUAAAGGCGUCCCAGUCGACUUGCAAGUUGCAUACCGGUUUUGCACGAACAUUUUUUAAGAUUUUAUACUGCUGAUGAGCGUCCAAGCCCCUAAAACAGCCGGCCCGAAACACUGGUGUUUUAAAGACCGUUCUCAGACGAAGAGGUGGGAGAUGAGAAAUUGCUGCGCGAGACCCCACCAUGAGCAUCCAGAGUCUGGGCGGAGCCAUCGGGGAUUCCCUGGGCUCUAGCCUGACGGUACGCGUGAGCGGCGCAGGCGGGGUCCGGAGUGCUCUCUCCCUGAAGUCCGCCGGUCGGAUCACGUCCCUCCUCCAGACCAUGGUCCCCACCGGCUACGCCAAGCUCCAAGAGGAGCGCCUGGCGAUGACAGACCUGGGCGCCAAACCCGAGACGGGCGCGCUCCAGAACGGCUACAGACAAGAAAUGCCUCUCCUGGAAGGCCGACGGUUGCUGGACCGCGCCUCCCGUCCCUCCCUCACCCUGUCGGACUCGGGAGACGGGAGCUACUCGGAACUGGAGCCCAUGUUGGCCGAGAGGAGGCCAUCGGGCGACGAGGCGGACGGCGAGGACGAGCUGCAGCAGCAGGAGGAGGAAGGAGAGGCGCAAACCGUUUUGGACAUUCUGCCCAAGGAGUCGCCCCUCGCCAUGGCCCUGCAGAUCCUGGUGCCUUUCCUGUUGGCCGGAUUUGGAACCGUGUCGGCCGGUAUGGUGCUGGACGUGGUGCAGCACUGGGAGGCGUUCCAGUACAUCACGGAGAUCUUUAUCCUGGUUCCCGCUUUGCUGGGCCUCAAGGGCAACUUGGAGAUGACCCUGGCCUCACGCCUGUCGACAGCGGUGAACGUGGGCAAGAUGGAUUCUCCAAUCGAGAAGUGGAAUCUAAUAAUAGGCAACCUGGCGUUAAAGCAGGUCCAGGCCACCGUGGUGGGCUUCUUGGCGGCCGUGGCGGCCGUGGUUCUCGGCUGGAUCCCGGAGGGGAAGUUCCAGAUGAGCCACGCCGUGCUGCUGUGCUCCAGCAGCGUGGCCACGGCCUUCAUCGCCUCCAUGCUGCAGGGUUUUAUCAUGGUGGGCGUGAUUGUGGGCUCGAAGAAGACGGGCAUCAACCCGGACAACGUGGCCACGCCCAUCGCCGCCAGUUUCGGCGACCUCAUCACCCUGGCGAUCCUGGCGUGGAUCAGCCAGGGCCUUUACAAGUGCCUGGAUUCCUACCCGUACGUGUCCUCGGUGGUGUGUGCCUUCUUCAUGUGUCUGACGCCCCUGUGGAUGGUCAUCUCGUCCAAGCACCCGGCCAGCCGCACGCUGCUCUACUCCGGAUGGGAGCCCGUCAUCACGGCGAUGGUCAUCAGCAGCAUCGGAGGUCUCAUCCUGGACAAAACCGUGUCUGACCCCAAUCUGGCCGGAAUCGUGGUGUACACCCCCGUCAUCAACGGAAUCGGGGGUAACCUGGUGGCCAUUCAGUCCAGCCGGAUCUCCACUUUCCUGCACUUCCACUGCGCCCCCGGGGAGGUCCCAGACGAGGCCAAGGGCUGCUACUACCCCUGCCGCACCUUCUCGGGCACAGGCGCCAAUCACAGAUCUGCUCAGGUUCUGCUCCUCCUGGUGAUCCCUGGCCAUCUUAUAUUCCUCUACACCAUCCACCUGAUGAAGAGCGGACACACCACGCUGACGCCCAUCUUCAUGUCCGUCUACCUGGCUGCCGCUCUGCUGCAAGUUCUGCUGCUGCUGAGCAUCGCCGACUGGAUGGUGCACUCCAUGUGGCGCAGCGGCAAGGACCCCGACAGCUUCUCCAUCCCGUACCUGACGGCGCUGGGCGACCUGCUGGGCACGGCGCUGCUGGCGCUGAGCUUCCACUUCCUGUGGAUGAUCGGCGACCGGGACAGCGACGUGGGCGACUGAGGUCUCGGCGAGCGAGGAAGUUGGUGGGGGUGGGGCUUUUGGGGCAGCCGGGUGACGCACUUUUAGGAAUCUUUUUGCACGUUUUGGCACCAAAAUGUUCCGGUAUUACUGUGCCGCUCCCGUCCCGUUGACGGGUGGCCUUUUUUUGGAGGGCCGCAUGGGAGUGUUUGAAUUCUGUUUAUGCAUCAAAAAGAGACUUGCAAAGCUCAAAAUGUCCUGUUGGAUACAGUUGCGGUUUAUCAAUGAGCCGAACGCCAUUGUUACUGAAAAUAAUGGAAGAAAAGGCCUCUUGUACCGGUUUUUAGAAGAUGGAUCAUUUCUUCAGACAUUUUUCGACAAGUUAGCAAUUUGGGUUAAAAAACAACAUCAGAAUGUUUGUUGGAAGUUGCAUCGUAUGUUAAAAUCGGGAUGAAGUGAUGUUACAAAUACUUUACAUGUAGCAUGCGGGGUAGUUGGUGGACAUUUGUCCACGUGGUGACGGGGAUUAAUUUUUAAAAGACGCACCAGCUGAUGUGUUGCAAGUGUUUCUCCACUGUGUGGAACCGGCCCGGAAGGUCCUCCACGUGUCGUCUUUGUCUUAAGCGCCGGAGCAGUUUGCGGAUGCAGUAGUAGGCACAUAUGAGGACGUUACUUGUUGCGUCGGCGCGUUGUUUCUCUUGUCAGUAUGACGGCAACAAGAACCGGUAUUGGGUUGCAGAAUGUGCCGAUUGAGAGUUAGCGGUUGACAAGGUAUCAUUGUACUGCAGCAUUUUGUGGAGUUUGUCACUUUAGGCACACCAAUGUCGACACAGUAGCAGAUGUCACCAUUUGGUGUAGCUUGUAUGCCAUUUCGACUUGUUUAUGUUUUGUUGCUAUCUAUCUGUGCAAAUAAAUGUAUUUUCACUUUCAUAUAGAAGAGGUACUGAUGUAAUUCUUUUGCUUUAUGUAGAGAGUUUUCCAAAGGGAAUUGUCAGCGUAGCAGCCGGUCGUCCCAGAAAAUUUAGUGGGCGUUAAUGAAGGGGGGUGUCACGUGACAGUUGCUUUGAAUGCCAAUGACCUCUGACCCUCGUUUUUGAGGGUGCAGAAUAGAAUGUUGUGAGGAGUACUCUUGGAGAAAUGUCGUGCUGAUGGAUUUGUAGCCGGUGAGUUGUCCCGAAAAUGGAAUAGAUGUUAAUGAUUUUUGAAUAAGGUUCAUUUUUUUGCAAUGCCAGACGUUUGUAGAGGUUGGGCAGCCAUGUGACAGGUGAAUUGGGGGACCUGUGAAAGGCCAUCCCCUCGCCCUGAGGGCUGUGAUGCAAUUUUUUUCACGAAAGAGGUAUGCGUUGUUGUACCUACAAAGAGCAGAGAGGCAAUUUGGGGGAAAAAAAAAAGAUAAAAGUACCAGAUUUGUGAUUGGAAAUGGUGGCAAUAACCAAACAAAUUACAAGGGGUUCUUAAAAAAAUGGAUGUGUGGGAUAAAAGCUGCUUGGAUGUAUAUGGCUUAGUUGUAAUAGUGAAUAAGUGUUGCAAUGCAAUGUUUCUUCAGGACCUUUGGAAACAUUUGGCUUUGCUUUUGGGGUUAGGAGAAGUUGUGCUGUGCCAUGGAGUGGAUGUUCCCCAUCUUUUUAAAAGGUGCUGCAAAUGUGCUGCAUCCCUCUCAUGCAUAUUUCAUCCACGCCACGUAUACGUGGGAGGAGCACGUCCUCGUAGUCAUUGCAUGGCGCUGCGGCAAAAAUGUUAGUGGGACACACGGCUGCUACGUUUAGUGUAUAUUUGUGGCAAAAAGUGUUUGGAGUGGCGGGGUACAUGUUUUACACAGAGAUAAUCAAGAGCAAAAUCGAUCUAGAAAAGACCAAAAUUAUGUAAUGAGGGCAAAAGCACAUUGAAUGAAAAGGGGAAAACGCAAGCAAGAAGAACUAAUUGGGGAGGUGGGGGAGCUAAAAACAAAUGUGAAGAAAUGCAAAUGAAAAAAAGAACCAAACUGAAAGCAGAUUGUAAAAAGUAGGUGGGGCAAAAAAAAAAAAAAAAGUCAGAAUUGUCACAAAGUUGAGGAAAAUGGAGAAUAUAUAACAAUUGGAAUGAAACAUGUAGGUGAAAGAAUACUCAAGUUGAGUCCAAAAGUGGGGCUAAGGAGCACAAAAGUAUGCAAAUGAGCGUGGGAGGGGGGCCAGUAGCUGAAAAAAACAAAACAAAACAGAAAUUGUAACAGGUUGUAAAGUGAAUGAAUGAAAAGAAUUGUCAUCAGGUGACAUGGUCAGUAUUUUGCCACACUUUUGGUCAUCUUUUAUUGUGGACAUGUUAGUCAUGGCUGUCAGUAAUCAGAUAACCAAAAGCAGCUGUCAGUCUCCCAAAUGGGGGAAAUGAAGCACUUAGUUGUGUUCAAAUAUAUGAUUUGUUUAGUAUUAUGGGGUAGAAAUAACGGUUGAAGUGAGCACAGAAUCAGUCGGACAGGUAAGCGCAAGCUUUUGCACGCGUGCUAAUGGCGCCAAAGAGUUUUGUCUUUGCAUUUUGCUGACCUGCCUGCGCUUCAGGAUGAACCUGGCGAUCUUCCACAUGGGCAAAAGUUAGCAGUUGGGCGCACCAGGCAAGGUAACGAUUGGAGGCUCAAACUUUGCGGAGUAAUUGUCUUACCCCGAGCAGGUGCUGAACAACAACCUGCUGAGUGGCCGAGACAUUUUGGAGUUUGAAGAAUUCCACCAGCAACUUGUGGGCACUCGUGGAAGGUUGUGCGACAUGUCGAGUCAGAGGUGAGCUUUGACGCCUGAGUGACUUUGUGGCAGUGAAUACACUCGCGUGUCCAUUUUGUUUUUCAGCAGGGUGAAGAGGAGGUGCAGUAAAGUCCAGACCUGGAGCAGUUCUACGGGCGAAGUGGGAAGGGCUUCCUUGAUGUCAGCGGCCACAUAAUCUGCUCGGAGAUGGCGAGCUGGAUUGUCACUGAGCAGGAUCUGCUCCCUCGUUUUUGCACAUCAGUGAUGCAGACCACUUUCCCCCCACUGGGCUGAUGGAGCAACUACAUGGGUGCAGUGUCUUGAGUCCCUCCCCUGGAUCCUCGGUGUGGCGUCACAUGACGUGUUGCCUGAUUAGCUGAUUUGGGAUGCCUGCGGCUGUCGUCACAAGUUGUGAGACCGGAGCAAGUUUGGCUGUGCGUUGCAGCUUUCCAUUUAGAAAAGACAUUUCUCGUGUCGAAAUUAAUGAUGAAUCUUUUGCAGUGGUUUCUGUCGGCUAAAAAAUAAUUCCGAGAGGAGCGUUGGCUGUCAUGGAGGUGGUGAAGAUUCAGAGGUUGCAAAACAAAAUCAACUCUGGACUCUCCAAUAUAAUCUAGAUUUUAAGGUUUUGUCUUUCAGGUGGAUGACAGAGCGGAACGGCUGUAGCCAGGUGUGGUGGCCUACGUUGUUGGAAGAGGCGUCUGUGAACCGUCCUGGCUCUGGUGGUUCCGGACCGAUACUGCUGUGAUGGUGUCCGGCAACAGGAUUUGGAGAAAUGUGCCUUUCACUCAGCCAUAUUGGAAACAAAUGCAGUGCUGGAGGAAAAGGCCACCGUCAAGAUCUUAGUGGCAAUGGGAAGCUGAAGCCAAUCUCUACGUUUGGGCAUCCAGUGGAGGACCUCAUCUUUGCAGCUACUUCAGAGGCAGCCGUUUGGACCAGGAGCGAGUCACACGACAUAAGGUUUUCUUGUUUAGACCCUCAAAGACAACGUGGAAAAAGUUUAAGUUUGGACUCUGGGUGAAGGAGGAAAAUGCAGCCUGGCACUGUACCUGGCAUUUGUUUUGAAAUAAAGACAUUGAAAGGUUA